UGUCUGCUCAUCCUUCCCAAAAUCUUAAGCCACAGCCCCUCUCAGAUGCCUUAAUAGAAAUCUAAGUGAGGUAGGACUGGGUCUAGAGGAAAAUUGGAAGGAAGAAAUAGAAAGCACUUGAUUUAUCACUUCAAUUUAAGUAAAAACCAUUUCCCUCAUAUUUUAAAAUUUACGCUAGGAUAUCCUGCCAAAUUAUAGACUUGGAUCAUGGAUCCAGCAAGGUAUAAAAGAGAGAGCAAUGAGACUUGAUUAUUUCUGAUAAAAUUGCUAACUUACCUCUAUGAUCCUGAUCGAGGAGAUAAGAAACAGUAAUAAACUUUCCCUGCCCUGAUGUACUGAGCUACAACUUUUCAUUUUAAUAACAUUCCGCUUAGUUUCGUUAUUGAAUACUUAUUAAGACUAGACCAAAGAGAUGUAAGAGAAACUAAUAACCAGAGAAUGAGGUCCUUUGCCAACAAGUGCUGUAACUUUGGGACGCUUUAUAGCUAAAGCCUAUUAUAUACUAACUUCUAUAAUGUUAACCAAUGCUAUUUUAGCAAGAUGAUUUGCUGACCUACCAUUCUCAUCAGAGUAGGUAUGAAAUUCCGAUAUGAAUGCUUGAAUUUUCUGGCGAAGAGAAAUCUUAAAGGCACUCUCAGAAUUUCUUGAGAGAUAUAAAUAAGCUUAUAUAAGCACAAAGUUUAUUAUAUAUGAAUUUGAGAAGUAUA